AUGCCUGCCGCGGCGCAUCCGCCCCUCAGCGCGCGGACAGCGCAGCGAAUUCACGAGCAAGUGACUCGUGAAGUUUUUCGACUCUCCGGACGCGAUCCCGAUCAUCACAUGGAGUGCUUCAAGGCUUGCCUAAAGACUAUCGAGGACACCAAAGUCGUCGAGGCAACUGACUAUGCUAUCUGGGAGAGCCAGGAGCAGAUCCCAAGUCCCCUGAAAGAAUUUUCCAAUACCAACCGAACCACCAAGAGCGGUAACUUUUACAUGCUCCCAGCGACGAUCGCCGUGGCUAUUGCUGCCGUUCUGAACCUGAAGCACGUCGUCGUCAACUCUAAUGGCAACACCAAACACAUCGUAAGCGCUGUCUCUGAGAGUGCUGUGUGGGCUUACCUUGGUAUUGCUAUCGAUAUAUGGCCUCAGACUGGCGAAUCUCACUUCUUCGUUAAGAAGUCCGACGAAGACUCAAAGUUUCCGACUGUUGGAAAGAUUGCCCGCGGAAAGUUUGCAGUGACAACCAAUAUCCCCGGAGAUACUAUCACACCUCUGAUGCUUCUUACUAUGGCGAGAUUCAAUGGUUGGAUCAAGUCAGCACCGGGUGCCCCUUGUCUGAAGAAGGGAACUGUCGACGCGCCGCAAAUCAUCCACCGCCGACAGGCAUUAAGCGAGGGCAAAGAAAUCCUAGAGAAACUAGGAAACCGGAAGUUCAAACAGAAUGACCCGGCUCUCAUCCGAGAGUGCAGCCAAGUCGCGGAAUCCUGGUUGCCUAUUAUUAAGGAUGCAGACACAGACCUAUCAGUUUACAAGUUCAUGGGCAAGACCGGUGCAACUCUUGCAUCUCUGGUCUCCGAUGAAAUCGACUAUAUCCAACUGGCUCAACAGGUCAAUGAACUAGAAUCUACUGCCGCUGUAAAGAAGCUGGUUGAACUGUCAGACAAGGCCCGUGACAUUCAACACUCUCUGCAGAGCUAUGUGCAGGAAGCAGCCCCCAGUUUGAUGGAACUUCGAACGACUCUUCUGGAGAAGCCCGGUUGUCAGUCGUUCCAGCAAGUUUUUGGACCUCCUUGGAAUCAAUGUCUCCUCAACCAGGAAGCUGAUGGUACCAAGAACAUUAUUGUUGGCGCUCUUCAGCGUCUCUUCGACACUAUUGCUUAUGUCGUUCCUCGAACACACUCUAUGUACGGCGCUUUUCUUGACAUGGCCUCCAAAAUGGAUAUUGCUGUCAUGUCUUCCCUCGACCUUGAUCUGGCCCGAGCCAAAGACCGUCAUCAGAAGCGGCUCAACAUCAACGACGACCUGUCGUAUCGCAACGAAAUUAUGACCAAUGUGGCCGAAGCUAUCGGCAGACUCGAGCGUGGGUCAGCAUCGCAGGAACGACUUCUUCGUUCUAAGCUCUGCUCGAUCCUCGACGCAGCCGAUGCGCUGAUCUUGAAGGAGAACCUUCCGCGGGACAUCAGCAUCGUGGUCUCAACUAACAACAAUGACGGACAAGCUUGA